AAAGAAAUAAUAAUGAAUUUUAAGGGAUUACUUUAAAAUUAAACAAUAUUCAAGCCAAAAGCGUUUUCUUUUUAUUUUUUGAACUUAGUUAAAUUAAAAGUGUUAAAUAACCAGUAUCUUUUUAGUAAAAUAUUCAAAGAGUAUGUCAAAUGCAAUAAAAAAAUAAUCAACAUUAAAAAGAACACAAAUCUUUCAAAUACAUAGAAAGUCCUCACGAACCAUUUAUUUCUACAGAGUUUAAGGUCAGCAGAAAAGCCGUGAAAAAUCAAAUAAAUAAAAAAGACCAGCGCAAACUGAAAAGCUUGCAAAAAACGCAAACGAAGUGGCAUGACUUUAUAAACAUUAACAGACAAAAGAUGAGCAGGGAAAUAUUCAGGGGGUGUUUUUGCGGCUUUACAAGGCCUACAAAAGGAGUUUGAAGUGAGCAAAAAAUCGAUAUUAAAAUAAAUAACAAAGCGAAAGUCAACAGUUUGCUGCAAGUUUCAUGAUGAACAAAUAAGAGAAAUAUAUAACAAUGAAGUAGAAACAAAGAGUUGGCUGGCAGACAAGACGAAGAGCCUAGCAAUUUAUACAGGGGUGUUUUGCCCACAAACCCCAGGAAAUACCUCAAGUUGCACUGCCGAGAAAGGAGUUUCAACCGAAAAGUGUAGAGGCCCCCAAAACACACCCCCAACAAACAUAAAACACAAAGCUGAGAAAGCCGAACAAAAGCGGAAGCGAAUCAAUGGUUUGGCCUGCAGUUGUAACCCAACUGCAGUGACACAAUUUUCGGUCGAAAGCCACUCGACCAUAAAGCAAAAACUGUCAUCCGCCCAGCUCACUCAAUAUAUUUUUGGUUUCCACUCUUGCUUUUUUUUCGGUCUCCGUUCUUUUGCUUUUUUUUCCUGCUUUUUGGUUAAGAACAUUUAGCACAGCAAACUAAAUUUAGCCAGCACGACGUCGACAGCGAUGAGAACUUACAAAAUCUGUUGCCAACUGCAGGCAAACUUUGCGAACGCGUAGCGGCAAACGGAAAUGUCCCACGACUAUCAAUAGCAGACACGCGCCAUCUAUCCAAAAUCAAUUCCGAGCGCCAUCCAGAACCGAAUCAAACCCAUACAACAUACAACAUACAGCACCAACAAAGCCCCAUAGGACACGGCAAAACAGGAAGCCAGCGACGCAGGGGAGAAUCCGCACCAGUUCCUAUGUCCCAGAUAGAGCCGAGUUUAAAUGAAAUUGAGCAAGAGCCUGGCAAACUGUCGCGCCAUCCGGCGCUAUUUGCUCAUCUUCACGGCCGUCUCCCUGCUGCUCCUGCCCCUCUCGCUGGUCUACCUGGUGUGGAACGAGCAGCUGCAGAAGAUCCGAGGAUUCGAGGCCUUUAAUGUGCAGCAGCAGGCGCCGCAGCAGUCGCAGCAGCAGCAGCAGCAGCAAGCUCCGCAUCAGCAGCCGGCGCAGCAACAUGGCCAGCUUCCGUAUCCGGUGGUCCGGUAUCCGGUGCUGCUGCUGAACAAGAACAAGAACAAGGACCUGACCGUCGUGGCCACGGGCAAGACCAAGAACAAGUGGCGCUAUGUUGAUAAAGACAGCAACCAGACGCUCCUGCCCCUCAUCCCCGAGUAUGCCGUGCAGACGCUCACGCCGCAGGAGAUGCUCCAGGUGGAGCAGCGCAUGGACCAGCGCCGGGAGCGGCUGCGGGACAAGUGCUCCGCCUACGGCCUGGAUGUCCUAGGUCACGACUCGUGGCACACCCCGAACACAUGGGAGUUUUUGGUCAACAAAAAGUAUCACAUUAUCUGGUGCAAUGUCUUUAAGGCAGCCUCCUCGUCCUGGAUGUUCAACUUCAAUGUCCUGGCCGGCUACUCACCCGCUUAUCUGCGCAAAACCAAAAAGAUUCUGCUCAAUCUGGCCAGGGAGCGGUAUCCCCGGGUGACGCUCGACGAGCUGCGUGAGGCGCAGAACUACUCGCUGACCUUCAUCAUCGCACGCGAUCCCUUCGAGCGGCUGUUGAGCGCCUAUCGGGACAAGAUGGUGUUCGCCCUGCCCUACUCCUUUCACGACAAGUUGGGACGCAGCAUUGUGCGCAAUUACCGCAAGAAGCCCUCCCUAGCCGCCCGUGCCGCCAACACAAAGUUCCCAUCGUUCCCCGAGUUCGUGCACUGGCUGCUCGACCAGGUGAAGCGCGGCAGCUUCAUCGACAUGCACUUCGUGGCGGCCACCUCCUUCUGCACACCCUGCCUCAUCCGGUUCGACUUGAUACUGAAGUUCGAGUCGCUGGCGGAGGAUCAAUUAUAUCUAAUCGAAAAGACUGGCCUGAAGCGGGUGAUAGCGCCCGUGUGGCGCAACAUGGGCAAGGGCCGCAAGACGCACGAGCUGCAGCAGCAGUUUUACGCGCAACUGACGCGCCAGGAAAUGCUGGAGCUUUACGAGUAUUACAAAUACGACUUUGAGCUGUUCGACUACGACAUCCAGGAGUAUCUGCAGGUGGCCCGGCCGGACGAGGCUGAAGGUCCGGCGGCGGGUACAAAGAAUUAGCCCGGCCCCGGAUCUCUUAGACUUUGCUAGAAACCAAUGAAUCAAGUUCAACGAACUCACAUAUUAGCCGUCACAGUACGUAAUUGCAAAAUGUUGAUAAUACUGAAGGAAAACAAUAAUAAACUUAACUAUAUUAAAGCGAAA